AUGCCUCCGAGUCGAAACGAUUCCCAACCACACCCCUCACCCCCACCACAAGUCUUUAAAACAGAGGAGGUCCUGAGCACAAGUUCAGAAGGGGACGGGGCAGAGGAGCUGGACAAACUUAAGGACAACAUGGCUGAACAGUACGACUGUGUGGAGUGUAAGGAGAGCCUGUUUGGUCUCAAGUACAUCCUGAGGGAGGACAAGCCUUUCUGCACCAAGUGUUACGAGGGGCUCUUCUCCAACACCUGUGAGGUCUGUCAGAAGCUGAUCGGCUGCACUUCCAGGGACCUGUCCUAUAAAGAUCGGCACUGGCACAGCGACUGCUUCCUCUGCAGUAAGUGCAGCCGCUCUCUGGUGGAGAAACCCUUCGCCUGCAAAGACGAGGAGCUAAUGUGCACCGACUGCUACAGUAACGAGUUCUCUGCCAAGUGCCACGACUGCCUCAAGACCAUCAUGCCUGGAACCAAAAAGAUGGAGCACAAAGGCAACAGCUGGCACGAGGCCUGCUUCUGCUGUAACCGCUGUCAGCAGCCGAUCGGCACCAGAAGCUUUGUCCAGAAGGACACACACAACUACUGCCUGCCCUGCUACGAGAAGCAGUUUGCUCUGCAGUGCGUGCACUGCAAGAAGCCCAUCACCACAGGAGGAGUGAACUACCGGGACCAGCCCUGGCACAAAGAGUGCUUUGUGUGCAUUGGCUGUAAGCAGCAGCUGGCCGGGCAGCGCUUCACGUCCCGGGACGACUUUGCCUACUGUCUGGACUGUUUCUGCAACCUGUUUGCCAAGAAGUGUGCCUACUGCACCACCCCCAUCAGCGGUCUGGGGGGCAGUAAAUACAUCUCCUUCGAGCAGCGGCAGUGGCACAACGACUGUUUCAACUGCAGGAAGUGCAGCGUGUCCCUGGUGGGGCGGGGCUUCCUCACCUGUAAAGACGACAUCAUGUGCCCUGACUGUGGGCGGGACAUGUCCGCCCAGCUGAAUGAGAAGAGCAAACCGCACAUCUCUGCACGACCUGCCUGUUUACAGCCUCAAAAACACUCUAGUCUGAAGAUGAGUACUGCUGCCCCUAACCACAGACGCGUCAAACCUGGAGCCAUAAAGCCUGGCAUGGCGUCCAGUGGAAUGACCGGCCCCAGCUCCCAAAUCCCCGGUUUGUCUCAGACCCCGGACCUCUCCCCCACGGAGCGCACCAGCGGCAGGCGGGUGGGCAUCUUUGAAAGCGACUCGGACUACGUCAAACUGGCCAAAGGGGGCGGGCAUAAAGGCCUGCUGAGCCACGACGCCGUUGAUGAUGCCCCGCGGAAGGCCUACUCUCCCAGCAACUUCUUUGGGAACGAUGACUCCAACAGCAAUGGCAGCUCUCCUGGCAGUGAGCCCAAAGGGAGGCAGACCCUCAGUGCUCCUUUCGGAACCGAUAGUGAGGUGCACUGGGAGAAGGAGUCUGAUAGGUUUUCUGGUAAACAGAAGGAGUCUCCCGAUGAUGCGGCCCAGCAGAUGGAGGCCCUGUCCAUAACCCACAAGUACAAGAGAACGUCCUAUGAGAAGAAGGCUCUCCCCGUCAGCAUGUCCAAACUGCUGAGUCAUGGUUACGUGGAGCGAAAGAAGCCUGUGGACGACGACACUUCAAGUGUGACGUCGGAGAUGACCAGCACCGUGGCCACAGACGACGUGGGCGUGGAUGAUCUGGAGUGUCGUGCACUCGGUCUGAGCGACUCCCCCGUGGCGACUUCCCCCAGCGGCGCGGCUGCUCCUGCGGGGGCUCCUGCGGGGGCCCUGCUUGAUUUCUCAGAGGCCGGUGAGCAGACGCGUCACACGCACGUCAUGCUCGUGCGCGUGGACGAUGUAGGCGCAAGAGCACGAGCCCGGGGGCAUGACGGCGUGAGGCCGACAUCUGCAAACAUCUGGGUCAGAGGCUCCGGACCUUCCCGCUCACAGGGACGCAUGGAGGAGGGGGACGCCGAGGGGGAGGGGCCCGUGAAGGCGAGGGUGGGGCCCACCGUGACCACCACCACCAACCUGCUGGCAUCGGUCAAAGAGCAGGAGCUCCAGUUUGAACGCCUGACCCGAGAGCUGGAGGAGGAGAGGCAGAUGGUGGCCAGUCAGCUGGAGAGGUGCAUGCUGGGAGCUGAGUCGCCCGCCGCAGACAGCAGCAGCUCCUCAGAGAAGUCGUUUGCCUGGAGAACAGCAGGAGGCCAGUCCCAGAGCUCUAUGGAGGCCCCCAGGAGCCCCACAGCAGAGGAACCAGAGGAGGUGCUGUUUCUGCCUGAUCCAGAGAGAGGCUCACUGCCCGACAGUGAUGGUUCCGGGGGACACUCAGCCCACAUGACCUCGUACUCAGACAGUGGUUACCAGGACAGUUACUACAGCCAGACAGGGGUGCGCUCUGUGUCCAGGAGCCCCCGUGCUGAAGGCUCCCGUGCUGAGGGCCCCCGUGCUGAGGGCCAGGCCUCUGGACAGGGCUCCGGUCGUAUCCUCAGGAGGAUGUCCUCUGUCCCCUCCAGGGGCCAGUCCCCUGGUUGUGGUCCUGUGUCCCCGUCCCGAGUGUCUCUGCGCACGUCCCAGGGCAGCACCUAUAACUCGCCCAUCCUGUCUGAGCCUAAACCCCUGUCGGCCAUGUUCCCGGGGACCACCAUGCCCCCCUCAUGCCCCUCUCCCCCGUCUCCUGGAGACCCCAUCCUAGGCCCAGGGGCCCGGCUGGGCUCCACUCUAUCCUUGGUGGAGGGCAGGCUGGGCUCUCCUCUGCGCUCUGGGAUGACAGCAGUACCUCAGCACUACACGUCCACGCUGCCCCGACAGAGCCAAGCCUUGGCGUACGGAGCCGACCCGUACGGGGUGUACCAGCACCACGCCCUGCCCCGGCCUGACAGCCUCAUCGGUCUCCACAGCUCUUAUGGGGGCCACACGGUUCCUCAUGACCCUGAGCUGAGGGCCGCCCUGUCUCCAGACUGUCCCAUGACCCCUGUGUUUGACGAGAGAGCCUUCCAGAGCCCCCUGUACCACAGCCCGAGCCACGACCCACAGGGCUCCCUCUACAGGACCACCACAGGCCUGGAGACCCUCCCCAGGACCAGCAGCCAUGCUGGGACCCUCCCUCACAGCGGGACCCUGCCAUACCGGGGUAGCAGCUACGGCCUGAGCUCCACUGGGGUCUACAUGGACUCGUUCCGAGAGCCAUUCUCACAGAGACUGUCAGGGCUAGACCGAGGGGCCACCCGCACCCCCAGCAUCGAAAGCAUCCACAAGGACCCAAGGGAGCUGGCGUGGAGAGACCCAGAGUUGCCCGAGGUCAUCCACAUGCUGCAGCACCACUUCCCCUCGGUCCAGGCCAACGCCGCCGCCUACCUCCAGCACCUGUGCUACGGAGACAACCGCAUCAAGAUGGAGGUUUGUCACUUGGGGGGAAUCCAGCACCUGGUCGACCUGCUGGACCACAAGGUGUCGGAAGUUCAGAAGAGCGCCUGCGGGGCCCUCAGGAACCUGGUCUACGGGAAGGCCACAGACAACAACAAGGUGGCCUUGAGGAACUGUGGCGGGGUCCCAGCUCUGCUCCGACUGCUGAAGAAGACCACCGACAACGAGGUCCGGGAGCUGGUCACAGGUGUCCUUUGGAACCUGUCGUCCUGUGACGCGGUGAAGAUGACCAUCAUCAGAGACGCUCUGUCCACUCUGACCAACACCGUGGUCAUCCCUCACUCGGGCUGGAGCAGCACGAGCCACCGGGACACGCAGCAGAGGAGCCGCUUCCAGUCCUCCCUCCUGCUACGCAACACCACGGGCUGCCUGAGGAACCUGAGCUCCGCUGGGGAGGAGGCCAGGAGUCAGCUGCGCAGUUGCGAAGGGCUGGUGGACUCUCUGCUGCAGGUGCUGAGGGCCUGCAGCAGCACCACAGACUACGACAGCAAGAUCGUGGAGAACAGCGUGUGCACUCUCCGGAACCUGUCGUACCGCCUGGAGAUGGAGAUGCCCUCGUCGCGCCUCAUGGGGAGCCCCGAGCUGGACACCCUCCUGGGCUUCUCCCCGGUGCGAGAGCUGGACUACCUGUGCUGGGGCCGGCGGAGGAGGGGCCGGCAGAGGGGGGGCUGGCCGGACGACAAGUGUGACGGAGUGGGACCUCUGCCCGGUCUGUCCCAGCCGCUGAGAGGGGCGGAGCUGCUCUGGCACCCCCUGGUGGUGAAGCCCUACCUGAACCUGCUGGCUGAGAGCUCCAACCCGGCCACUCUGGAGGGGGCGGCGGGGGCCCUGCAAAACCUGUCUGCGGGGAACUGGAAGUUCUCAGCGUACAUCCGUGCAGCUGUGCGUAAGGAGAAGGGGCUGCCGAUCCUGGUGGAGCUGCUGCGGAUGGAGCACGAUCGCGUGGUUGGCUCCGUGGCCACAGCUCUGCGCAACAUGGCUCUGGACGCACGCAACAAGGAACUGAUCGGUAAGUACGCCAUGAGGGACCUGGUUAACCGCCUGCCAGGCUCCUCCCCCUCGGCGCUCUGUGAUGACACGCUGGCCUCGGUCUGCUGCACGCUGCACGAGGUCACCAGCCGCAACGUGGACAACGCCAAGGCCCUGGCCGACUGCGGCGGCAUCGAACGGCUGGUGGACAUCAGCAAGGGCCGCGGGAAAGGAUACUCCAUGAAGGUGGUGAAGGCGGCGGCUCAGGUUCUCAACACGCUGUGGCAGUACAGGGAGCUGCGAGGCCUUUACAAACAGGACGGAUGGAACUACACUCACUUCGUCACGCCCAUCUCGACCCUGGAGCGGGAUCGGUACCGCUCCCAGCCCACCCUGCCCACCAGCCCCAUGCACAUCCCCCCUGUGGUCCAAUCAGGGGGCAGUGCCACGUCUUCUCCUGCGAUGCUCGGGAUCAGGAGACACAGUUCCAACUACCAGAGGGCACAAUCUAUGCAACUGGACUCUUACUACACCGACAACGGCCUCCACAAGGGGCAGUACACAGGCUGCGAGCAGAAAACCCCGUACUUCAUUGGAACGUACUCGUCUCAGUCCGGAGAGGACCUGCGGCGCUCCCAGAACCCGGAGCUGUUCUAUGACGAUCCGGGCCGUAAGAACUUCAACAGCUACAGAAUGUACCUGUCGUCUCCUCAGGGCUACGCUGAGGACCUGGAGGACGAGCCCGAGCCCCUGAGCCCCACCUCCCCCGACUACCGGACCCUCCCCUUCAAAACCAACACCAACUACGUGGACUUCUACUCCACCACCGGGAGGCCAGCCAACAGGGCCAGCAAGUUCACUGGCUCCCCGGACUCCUGGGUGUGA